CUCACACCUACCUGCCUUGCUCCCUCACUUAUCUGUCGCAUCCGUCUUGUUUUUGUGCAGCGCACAAGAGCCUUUCGAAACCAUGAAGGUCACAAUUAAAGAGUGGAACGCCGUGGCCACCUGGCGCUGGGACAUGCCGGAUGAUGAGGUCUGUGGUAUCUGCCGCGUCCAAUUUGAUGGGACUUGUCCGACCUGCAAGUUCCCCGGCGACGAUUGCUCUCUACUGCUAGGGAAAUGCGGCCAUUCAUUUCAUAUGCACUGUUUGAUGACUUGGAUCCAGCAAGAGUCUUCCAAGGGGCUCUGUCCCAUGUGCAGACAGAAAUUCGAGUGGAAACAGAAUGACCAAGAACAACAAUAGACGGUCGAGUCUCAAUGGUUGCGCUUCUAUCGACGCAUCAACAGGACCAAUUAACUACUAUGAUACCCAAUUCCAUUUACUGUUUAGACUCCCCAUGGUUGCCCCCUUGCUUGGUGUUUUUCAAUCCCAAUAAUGAUGUACAUAAUCCUUCCACUGGUGACCGAUGUUUACAACCGCCGAUUCAAAU